AUGUCUUGCAAAGUUACUCUCCCACCAUUGCCACCGCUUCAUUCGAACAUGGCUUCAUUGAAAGACACUCAUUCCUUUUCGGAAGAUGCGCACUGGGUGAUUCCUGGUCAUUUGAUGCAAGGCAAGCAUCCGAUUCGAGAGAGUUUUGAAAACAUGCCAUGGCGAGUCCAUGAUCUGGUUCAUCGAGCAAGAUGCACCACUUUUGUUUGCUUGCAAGCGGAGUGUCCACCUCAGCGGGCGAGUCAUCGGUGGAGCUUCCUGAAAUCUGAAAAGAAUAAUGGCACGCAUGUAUUUGGUGGCCUUCGAGAUUGGAAAAGGAACCCCUUUCUCCUAGAGCCUUAUCGGCCACUGGUAGAAUCAUCUAUAAAAUCACGGAAGGAACAGGAGCACAAGUCUGAAAUCAGAGUUUCUUCGUUCGUUCAUUUUGGCAUGGAAGAUUUGAGCCCCGCCGAGGACUUGAAAGAGUUGGUCGAUUUUGUCAAGUAUCUAGCUAUAAGAAUACUCAAUGGAGAAGUCAUAUACUUGCACUGCUGGGGAGGCAAAGGCAGAAGCGGAUUGGUAGCUGCGUGCCUGUUGGGGGUUUUGUACAAAGGCAUAACUGCGAAAGAAGCCUUGCAACGAAUAGGAUCCUAUUGUCAGUUGCGAAAUGCAGGUUACCAUAUUCAUAGUCCUGAAACCAGUGAGCAAUUGGAGCAAGUAAGGGAUUUCUUUGCACUUCUUUAG